GACGCUCCUCUCGCCGGGCUGCGCUCGAUCAACCGAGCAUCCACCGCGCCUCCAAAUUGGUUUGUCAUUUCUUGACUCUCUCUCUCUCUCUCUCUCUCUCUCUCUCUCUCCCUCGCUCUCUCGCUCGCACCGUGUUGACCACGCUCCUCUGCUCCGCUGCGCCCUGCGUCUGUGGACUUCAGCAGAAGUCAGUAAGAACAUAGAGGCAGCCGACAAAGAUAAAGAGAGAGAGAGGAAGGAGAGGGAGGGAGUGAAGGAUACAGACUGACGGAUAGAGAGAGAGAGAGAGAGAGAGAGAGCGAUACGCCUCUGUCCUCCUCCAGCACUUCACUGGACUUAGUGCAUUUGGAAGGACAUGUUACAUCCUCCCGUGUGAGCGCUCAUCGGGAUACUAAGCACGCAGCUAUUGGUUUAUUACACCUCCAUCCCCAAUUUUUUACCCACGUCUUUUCUUUUCUUUUUUUUUUUGUUGCGGCUCCAGGAAGAAAGCACAGACACGGAGUGGAGGCGCCAAACCCAGUGAAUUUAUUCAUCGACAGGAAUUUUCUAAAACAAGAUCUACGCCGUUUUGGGACUGUAUAAAAGAGCGCAGAAAGGGUUAUUCCUGACUCCUCUGUGCGCUGGAUGUGUAUAUGUAUAUGCGCCUACAUCGCUGCGACUGCUGAUACGGACUACGACGUCCAGCCGCCAUUGAGAUGUGACUCUCUGGGGUUUCAUUUCACUCUGACGUAGCGAAGCACACGAUCACAGGUCUGUAUGGUGUCAGGAGCAUUGAGCUGUGACAGAAACAGCUCACCACAAGAGCGUCUGAGCUCAGCAGGGAGAACCUCCAUAUCUACAUCCAGGUCAACCUCAGACGUCAUGUGGAUCAGAUGCCUGCUCUUCGUCUCCACCCUGUUUGCUCCCAUAGCAUUAGUCUCCGGCCGUGCCCCCAUCCCCAUGGCGGUGGUGCGCAGGGAGCUGUCCUGUGAGUCCUACCCGAUUGAGCUGCGCUGCCCGGGAACCGAUGUCAUCAUGAUAGAGAGCGCCAACUACGGCCGCACCGACGACAAGAUCUGCGACUCGGACCCCGCCCAGAUGGAGAACACGCGGUGCUACCUUCCCGACGCCUACAAGAUCAUGUCACUCAGAUGCAACAACCGUACCCAGUGUGCAGUGGUGGCUGGGCCUGACGUCUUCCCUGACCCCUGCCCGGGCACUUACAAAUAUCUGGAAGUCCAAUACGAGUGUGUCCCAUAUAAAGUCGAACAAAAAGUUUUUCUGUGCCCCGGCAUUCUGCGCGGGGUCUACCAAAGCGAGCACCUCUUCGAGUCGGACCACCAGUCGGGCGCUUGGUGCAAAGACCCUCUGCAGGCCUCGGACAAGAUCUACUACAUGCCGUGGACGCCGUACCGCACGGACACGCUGACAGAGUACUCGUCUAAGGAGGAUUUCAUCGCGGGGCGUCCCACCACCACCUACAAGCUCCCGCACCGCGUGGACGGGACCGGUUUCGUGGUCUACGACGGCGCGCUCUUCUUCAACAAGGAGCGCACGCGCAACAUCGUGAAGUUCGACCUGCGCACGCGCAUCAAGAGCGGCGAGGCCAUCAUCGCCAACGCCAACUACCACGACACCUCGCCGUACCGCUGGGGGGGCAAGUCGGACAUCGACCUGGCGGUGGACGAGAACGGCCUGUGGGUGAUCUACGCCACGGAGCAGAACAACGGGCGCAUCGUGGUGAGCCAGCUCAACCCGUACACGCUGCGCAUCGAGGGCUCGUCGGACACCAGCUACGACAAGCGCUCGGCCUCCAACGCCUUCAUGAUCUGCGGCGUCCUGUACGUGGUCAAAACCGUGUACGAGGACGACGACAACGAAGGGACAGGGAACAAAAUCGACUACAUGUACAACACAGACAAGGGCAAGGAGAUGACGGUGAACAUACCCUUCCCCAACUCGUACCAGUACAUCGCUGCAGUGGAUUACAACCCGAGAGACAACCUGCUGUACGUGUGGAAUAACUACCACGUGGUCAAGUACUCGCUGGACUUCGGCAACAAUGACUAUCGCCCACCUCCCAUGUUGCCUCCCAGCCGAGGAGGAGGAGGAGGAGGAGGAGGAGGAGGAAGUGUAGGAGGAGGAGGAGGCUCAAUCGGCGGCGGCGGCGGUUCCUCCUCUUCAUCCACCAGCCGCACCACCACCACUCGUUCACCUCCCUACUACACCACCCCGCGGCCCCUCCUCACCACCUCCCCCGGCCAGCGCUAUCGAACCACCACCACGGUCCGCCAGCCCGUCCUGAAUCCCGCCGGGGGCUCGUCAUCCGACACCAACCAGAUCCCCGACACCAACCAGAAAGCCGGAGGACGCUCUCCUCCGGUUCAGGUCCCUCCGGCCGCCGCUCCUCAGCCUCCUGUCCCGCCCCCACAAGACUUCUGCAGUCCGAGGGUGACGGCGGACAUAUCGUGGCCCCGGACGCAGCAAGGCCAGACUGCCAAGCAGCCGUGCCCUGUGGGGACGCUGGGCGUGGCCACAUACGUGUGCGCGGCCCACGUGGGCUACUGGAAUCCCAAAGGCCCCGACCUCAGCAACUGCACGUCACCAUGGGUCAACCACAUCAUGCAGAAACUCCGCUCGGGUGAAACAGCGGCGAUCGUGGCUCGGGAGCUGGCAGAGCAGACCAAAGGGCUUCUGCGUCCGGGUGACGUGCCGUCCACGGUGCGUGCUAUGGCACAGCUCGUGGAGCUUCUGGAUGUACAGCUGAGGAACCUCACCCCGGGGGGCAAGGACAGCGCAGCCCGCAGCCUCACUAAGCUUCAGAAGAGAGAGAGGUCCUGCAGGUUUUUCACACAGGCUAUGGUGGAGACUGUGAAUAAUUUGCUGCAGCCGCGAGCCCAAGCGGCCUGGAGAGAGCUGCCCACCAGCGAGCAGCUGCACUCGGCCACUCUGCUCCUCGACACCGUGGAAACCGGCGCUUUUAUGCUUGCCGACAACCUCCUCAAGACGGACACUGUGCAGGAGACCACUGACAACAUCCAGCUGGAAGUGGCCAGGCUCAGCACGGAUGGGAACCUGGCCGACCUGACAUUCCCUCAGUCAGAACUACACGGAAACUCCAUCCAGCUGUCAGCCAGCACUCUUAAACAGCACGGCAGAAACGGUGAGAUCAGGAUGGCCUUUGUCCUGUACAGGAACUUGGGUUCCUACCUGUCCACAGAGAACGCCAGCGUCAGACUGAGCAGCGAGGCGGUCUACCCUAAUUACUCUGUGAUCGUCAACUCCCCGGUCAUCACGGCGUCCAUUAACAAAGAGAGCAAUAAGGUGUACCUGUCUGAACCCGUGGUCUUCACUGUCAAACACCUGCAGCAUUCGGAAGAGAACUUCAAUCCCAACUGUUCGUUCUGGAGCUACUCCAAGCGCACCAUGACGGGAUUCUGGUCGACGCAGGAUUGCCGUCUCCUGGCGACCAAUCGCACGCACACCAGCUGCUCCUGCACGCACCUCACCAGCUUCGCGGUGCUCAUGGCCCACGUGGAGGUCAAGAAGGCAGACAGCAUGCACGACCUGCUCCUCGAUGUAAUCACAUGGGUGGGGAUCCUGCUGUCGCUGGUCUGCCUCCUUAUCUGCAUCUUCACCUUCUGCUUCUUCCGCGGACUGCAGAGUGACCGCAACACCAUCCACAAGAACCUCUGUAUCAGCCUCUUCAUCGCUGAGUCACUCUUCCUGGUUGGGAUCAACAGGGCCGAUCAGCCGAUUGCCUGUGCCGUCUUUGCGGCCUUGCUCCAUUUCUUCUUCUUGGCAGCGUUCACCUGGAUGUUCCUGGAAGGCGUGCAGCUCUACAUCAUGCUGGUGGAGGUGUUUGAGAGCGAACACUCCAGGACUAAGUACUUCUACCUGGCGGGAUACGGAGUGCCGGCUGUCAUAGUGGCCGUCUCCGCCGCAGUGGACUACAGGAGCUACGGCACCGACCGAGUGUGCUGGCUGCGUUUGGACACCUACUUCAUCUGGAGCUUUAUAGGCCCGGCAACGCUCAUCAUUAUGCUGAAUGUCAUCUUCCUCGGCAUCGCUCUUUAUAAGAUGUUCCAUCACACGGCCAUCCUCAAACCAGACUCUGGGUGUCUGGACAACAUCAAGUCUUGGGUGAUCGGUGCCAUAGCCCUGCUGUGUCUGCUUGGUCUGACCUGGGCGUUCGGGCUGAUGUACAUCAACGAGAGCACCGUCAUCAUGGCCUACCUCUUCACCAUCUUCAACUCUCUGCAGGGCAUGUUCAUCUUCAUCUUCCACUGCAUACUGCAGAAGAAGGUGCGCAAAGAGUACGGCAAAUGUCUGCGCACCCACUGCUGCAGCGGCAAGAGCGUCGAGACGUCCAUCUCCUCGUCCAGCAAGACGACCACGUCGCGGAUCCCGGGCCGCUACUCCACAGGCUCUCAGGUGAGCUUACCUGCCUGCACACCCGGACGCUACAGCACAGCAGACUCUCAGAGUCGAAUCAGGCGGAUGUGGAACGACACUGUGAGGAAACAGGAGUCUUCCUUCAUCACUGGAGACAUCAACAGCUCCGCCACGCUCAACAGAGUCUAUAACAACCCGGCCGUGGGCAUGUACAACACUCAAGCACCUUACCGAGACACAAAGGGCAUCCUGAACAACGCCAGAGACUCCAGCGUCAUGGACACCCUCCCUCUUAACGGUAACCACGCCAACAACUACAGCAUGGCCAGCAGCGAGUACUUGAGCGACUGCGUGCAGAUUCUGGACCGCAGCGGGGGCUACGGCACCCACGGCAACCACAAGGAGACGACGCUGGAGAAGAAGAUCCUCAAGGAGCUGACCUCCAAUUACAUCCCGUCUUACCUCAACAACCACGAGAGAGCCACCACGGAGCGCAAUCACAACUUGAUGAACAAGCUGGUCAACAGCAGCAUGGCCAAUGGAGGGAGCAUGGCAGGAGGCAGCAGCAGCAGCAGCAGCAGUGGAGUGAGCGGAUGCGUCGGCAGCGGUAAAGAGGACAACGGUCCCAUGGUGCUGGACAACCCCGCGGCGUUCCCGCAUGAGGAGAACCUCGGCCUGGAGAUCAUCAGAGAGGAGUCCAACGCCCCGCUCCUGCCUCCGCGGCCUCCUCCGCCAGACAGCCACCCGCCGCCGCCGCCUCCGCCCCACAGCUUCUCGCGGCCGAGGCGCAUCCCCCAGGAGACCAGCGAGAGCUUCUUCCCCCUGCUGACCAACGAGCACACCGACGAGCACACGCACUCGCCCAACCACAGAGACUCGCUGUACACCAGCAUGCCCGUGCUGACGGACCUCCCAGACGGCCAGAUGAACGGUUUAACGGACGGAGAGGAAGAGAGCUCGGGCGAGCUGCAGCCGUGUAAGAGCGCCACUGCCCCCGAGCUGGACGACGUCUAUUACAAGAGCAUGCCAAACCUGGGCUCCAGGAAUCACCUCCACGAGCUGCAGAGCUACUACCACAUGGGCCGAGGCGGCAGCGAUGGAUACAUGGUGUCCGGCAGCAAGGACGAGUCGGAUUCGUCGCCCGAGGAGCCGCCCAUAGACCCUUCCCACCUGGUCACGAGUCUAUAGAGCCAAUCAAGAGACUUCUAUCCCUCCCCCAGCCCACCUCUCACAUCUCCAACUCUCCAAUGAAAAACAUUCUGUGUCGCUGACUGACCGUGUGAGCUGGCCCCCCGGGCGCUGGGGUGAUGUAAUGUUUUUUUGGACAUUAACUAUGAUUCAUGACAAUAAUGUAAGAGAUGUCGCUGGUCAAAUGGGAGCGGGAACUGAAUGUAUUGUCAUAAAUGGUGCGGAGUGAAAGGGGCCGACCUGAGAGAAAGUGAACUUUGAACCCUUAGAAGGAGAGGACGAGGGAGGGAUUCUGUAAUUUUUCGCCCCACCUGUUACUUUAAUUAGGAUUCUUGGAUGGACAGAAGCCCUUUCAAGUUCCUCAGUAUGGACCUCUAGCAGAUCAUAGAAUAUAGCCUCCACUACCACCGACCACCACAGGGAAGCUGCCCACCCCC